AUGUCUACCUUCGCUUUCCUCCUCCUCUGCAUCCAAGCUUGCUUGGUUCAGAAUGUGUACAGCCAGUGUCUGCGUGGUGCCGUUGCUGGACCUGGUCUAGCUGGACCCAUUGGCUACGGUUGGGGUGCCGGCCUCGGUGGUUUAGGCUGGGAAGCCGGUCUGGCAGGUCCCGGAGCUUGGGGCUGGGGUGCUGGUCUUGCUGGUUCCUACGGAGGUGCCGGCGUUGGUGAUGUAGCAGUCGCUGGUGAAAUGGGCGUCGCUGGAACCACACUAGUAGCUGGUCAAGUGCCAAUCCUUGGCGCAGUCGAGUUCGGAGGUGUCGUGCCAGCCGCUGGAGCUGUUUCUAUCGCUGGUAGCUGCGGCUGCGGCUGCGGCUGCAGCGGUGGAUACCUUUACUGAGAAAAAUUUAUAACAUGAAUUAUGCCUAAAAUAUUUUCCAAACCAAAUUAAAUGAUGUUUAUGGCACACUAAA